AUGGCGACCACCAGUCUGAGCUCCCACCUCGUCGAGUUGCUGCUGGCCAGCUUGACUCCGGGUCGCAUCACGGCGCUCGUCAUCCUCCUCACCAUUGCGAGUUUCGCCAUCGAUUCGACCAAGAAGCCAUCGUAUCCCAAAUCGUUACCUCGAGUCGGCUACACGGGAGGAAUCCGCGCCACCAUACGCAACUGGAUGAACCUCUCUAACUACCACAACUGGGCCGAAGAAGGUUACAACAAAUACGGCAAACACGGCCGCUCCUUCGUCACUCCCGCCUCUCCCAGCCAGCCGGACGAGAUCGUCGUCCCUCGAGAACAGAUAGCCUGGAUGCUCGAACAGCCCGAGACGGUGCUCAGCACCCAAGAAUCCCACAAAGAUGUCCUUUUCAGCGCCUACAACUUCUUCGAUGUCGACGACCACUUCCCUACCAAGGUGAUGCACAAGCACCUAGCCCGCAACCUUGUCACGCUACUCCCCGACAUCCAACAAGAAGUAGUCGACUCCAUCGACCUUGCCUUUGGCGUCGACGCCGAGAACUGGAAGUCCCUCAACCUCUGGGAAGCUCUUCUAACUAUCGUCCCCCGCGUCAUGAACCGUCUAGCCGUCGGCCUGCCUCUCUGCCGCAACCAGGCCUUUCUGUCAAGCCAAGUCGGAUUUGCCGACGACGUCUUCCGCAACUGCCUGAUCCUGACGCUCUUCCCGACGGUCCUCCACCCGCUCGUCGGCCGUCUCGUCACCUUACCCAACUGGUACCACUUUCGUCAAGGCUACCGCCUCCUCAAGCCCGUGAUCGAGCAGCGCCUGCGCGAUUACGAGCGCUUCGAAUCCGGGGAGUCGCAAACGCCACCGGAAGAAUCGCUGAUCACGUGGCUCAUCCGCCAAGCCAAAGCCGACAACCUCCCGCACGAGCAGACGCCCUACAUGAUCGCCAUGCGUCUUUUACCUAUCGAGUUCGCAGCCAUUCAUACGACAGUCAUCACCCUACACGCUUUAUUCCUCGACUUGCUUGCCUCCGACCCUUCCAAGGACUAUCUCUCCAUCCUGCGCGAGGAAACCGCCACCAUUUUAAGCCAAGAACCCAAUGGCAUCUGGACCAAAAAUGGUCUUGCGAGGUUAUACCGCACCGACAGCGCUAUCCGCGAAAGCAUGCGCCUGUCGACUUUUAGUACCGGGCUGACGCACCGGAAAGUGGUAGCGAAGGAAGGCAUCACCAAUCCGGUUGAGGGGUGGCAUGCCCCCUACGGGGCGAUUCUGAAGACGAAUAUGAGCGUGCAGCAUGAUGCUGAGAUUUACGAGGAUCCGCAGAUGUAUGAUGCUUUGAGAUUUUCGAGGGUCAGGGAGGAGUAUGAGGCUCGUUCUGAGAAGGAGAAAGAAAAGGGGGAUACGGAGGAAGCGUUGAGAGUCAAGAGGUUGGGGUUGGUGACUACAAGUAGUGAACAUUUGCCUUUUAGUCAUGGGAGACAUGCUUGGUUUGUACUUGUUCUCUCUCAUCGCGCUUUUUUAUUUUUCUUUGCAUUAUUUAUGAUUGCCUUAUUUGUUCUUCUUUCUCUCCCCUCUCAUUUUCCCCCUUUUCCUCUCCCUCUCCUUUUUUCACUUCUUUCCUUUUAUUUCUAUUUUUUAUUCCUACACCCUUUCACCAUACAGGAACCCGUUUCCCCUUCCUCCAGCCUCUGUUUACACCCUCACCUCACACCUCUAGUCCUCCUGUUCAAAACCCACCUUGCUAACCGGAUUGUCUGCAAUAGCCCCGGCCGUUUCUUCGUAGCCCACGAAGUCAAAAUGAUGCUAUCCCACAUCCUCCAAAACUACGACUUCAAGCCCAUCGCCAACCGACCACCACCAACGUGGGUAGCGCAUACGAUCAUCCCGGCUUUGGAUGUCAAGAUUGAUGUUAGGCGGCGGCGACAGAAAGACGCCAGUGCUGCUUGA